AUGUUACUUCCCCUCACCUUGCAGAAUCUCUUUUUCAGUCAGAAUGAUAUUGCCAAGCAUUUCUGGGAUAAUAUUCAUCUCUACAAUUCAACAUUCACAUUCACUUCUGUUGGUGUCAGGAUUGAUCAUGAACUUGCUAAUGCAAAUACUGGUGUUUACACUUUUUAUGUCCAAGGUUCAUUCUAUCACAGAAUUGGACAACUACUACCAGAACCUGGAUCUCAACCUCACUAUUUGCAGAUGUUAUCUUUGAAGGACAUGCUUGAUGAAACAAACCCCUAUGUUACUAAUUUUCAAUACAUUUCUAAUCUACCUGCUGAAAAUAUUGGUAAUCAAUCCAUGGUUAUUUGUGCUGAUAUUCCUGGUCUUAAUCAAAGGACUCACAAUGCCCCAACAGCAUCCCAAGUAGCAGCAAUCUGGAUUAAUGAUGACAUUCCCCAAAAUGUGGCUCAGAAACGUGAUAUUGUAUUGUAUACACAGAUGGAUCAGCUUAUUCACAUCUCUGAGCUUAAUGGAUGCUAUGAUCCCUUAGCUUAUCCACUUUUGUUUCCACAUGGUGAACAGGGAUGGGCUCCUAAUCAAAUUCCAUACAGAGACAUUCUUUCUGUCCCUGAAAUGAUGGAUAUUGAUGAAAAUCCUAAUGAUGAAAAUAAACACAACAUGGAACAUGAGCAUGAUAAUACCGGAAUACAACAUAGGAAAUUUGUGAGUACAAUGGAGUACUAUGCAUAUCAAUUUCAGAUUUGGCCCAAUUCCACCAAUCUGCUUUUACAAGCAGGAUGGCUUUUCCAACAGUACGUAGUUGAUAUGUAUGUCAAAAUUGAAUCAGAUCAUUUAAACUUUCAUUGA